AUGGCACCCAAAUCCAAUCCGCUGCAACUGAUCCUUGCAGAGCUGGCAUCAAUUAAGGCUGGCAACGAGGCCCUGCAACAGACGCUAGCUCAACAAGAGGCCCAGCACCGUAGCGAUCUGGCUACUCUCUGGCAGGACUUUGAAGAGCGCUUAGCUGUUAUACAACAGUCGGCCUCCCGUCUGAAGAAGGUGGUUAUAGAAACUAAGGAUUCCCCAGCGCUAGAGACCACCCAGAAGUCUGGGAAUGGCUCCUCGCCUUCCCAGUGUUACGAUCCUAUGUCCCACGAUAGGACGACAAGCAAUAAGUAA